AUGGGGCUAUACCAGGACGCCGUGGAAAAGGCACUGCAAGUCGAUGUGAAAAUUGCCAAGGAAAUGGCUGGCAUGCACGAGGAUGAUGAGACUCGCAAGAAACUGUGGACGCUGAUUGCCAAACAUACGAUCGACGCUGGAGGUGAGAUCAAGGACGCCAUGAACAUUUUGAAGGAGAGUGAUUUGUUGAAGAUUGAGGAUAUCCUGCCUUUCUUCCCUGACUUCGUCCUGAUCAACGAUUUCAAGAAGGAGAUUUGCGAGUCGCUCGAAGUGUACAAUGACCGCAUUGAACAGCUGAAGGAAGAGAUGCAAGACUACACCCAGUCGGCCGAAUUGAUUCGUGCUGACAUGCAGCAACUGCGCAAACGUUGUGCUGUCGUGUCCGGCAACCAACGCUGUGAGCUCACCGGUCAGAACAUCCUAGGCAAGGAAUUCUACCUUUUCCCGUGCUCCCACGCUUUUCACGCUGGCGCACUCCGUCAAGAGAUGCAAAAGCAUCUGAAUAGUUUUCAGCGACAAACGGUAAAGCAGCUUGUUCAGAAACUCAAUGAGCUUUCCACUGAAAUGCCGGCGAGCACGAACUUUUUCCAGCGACCGCUGUCAGCCUUCCCUUUUCUCAACUUGUCGUCGACCGAGAAGGAAGCGAUGACGCCCGGUUCCGAGGGAAGCAGCGCCGCGACAACCGCAAAGGCAAAAAGUGGUGCGAAAGAGCAGUCCAUUGCGCAGGAGCGUGAGAUGGUGCAGCAAAAGCUGGACGAGAUCAUCGCGUCCGAGUGCAUGUUCUGCGGUGAGGUAAUGAUCAAGUCGAUUCACACGCCUUUCAUCACACCGGAAGACGAGGCGAACGAAGGCAGCGAGUGGGCCAUUUGA